AUGGGGACACUGAACUGCACGUCUGCACCUGAAUCCACCCCCAGUGAUUCGGGGGUUGCAGGGCAAGGAAUUCUCCUUUCUUUCAUGAUCACAGCCCUGCUGGCCAUCAUCUUAUCAGCGAGCGUUAUUCUUGUGGACUUUAAAGGGAAAAACUCAACAACCCGGCGAAAGCUACUCAACGGAUACAGCGACUCACAGAUCAUGCAAGGGAUCGGCAUCCAGAGCGUUGGUCUAGCUAAGAUGAACUCCCUUGUCCCAUAUCAUUUCUUCCUGAUUUGGAUGUUGUCCCUCCUAUCCAUGGCAACGCACAAUACAACACUUCUGGCGCUAGUUCGAGAUUACCGCCGUGACUGGGUUCUGAGAUGGCUGAGACAGUUUCUCAUGUUCGUCAACUUGGCACUAUCGUCAGUUUCUGGGGUGUUUGUCCUUCAGACCGUCUCCAAGGGGCUAGACAAGUCGACUCUGCCCGUUGCCUGUGUCUGGAAAGUUGACGGAGAGAAGGCUCCAUCCAAUGCUGGGUUAUCUUAUGUGGGCACCAUCGCGGCAAUGGCGGGAAACGUAAUCAUCUUUGUGCUCGCAACAUGGUAUCUGCAUAGCCGGAAGCAGAGAUUCUAUAAAAUCGUACAAGUCGUGGGAUGGAUCCUCAUGAUGGCCGUUGCCAUUGGGGCGGCGGUACGGGUGAUUUUGCUGUCUCAAGCUUUUGGACAUCCAUCAGUCAAACUAAGCGACGAGGGCGAGAAGGAUUGGAGCUUUGGUCAGCUUCUGUCGAUGCUGCUCCUAGUUAUGCCCGUCAUAUCUGUGAUUGAAAUAUAUCGCGGAGAGAUCAAAGUAGCGCCCCCGGUGGGAGAUGAUCGCCAGCGGCCGUAUGAUGGCGAACUGCAAUCGGAUCCGCACGUUCUGACGCCGUUCCAGCCGAAUCCAUUUUUUGGGUCUGAGACGGACCUGUUUAAGAAAAGGGGGAACAGAAAUUAA